UGCGUGCCAGGGAUCCCGCUAAGCUGUAAGGACGUAAGGACCCAGAGAGGAAGAAUGAGUCCAAUGCUGCCUGAGUUUACAGACUAGUGGAGGUGACAGGCACCGUCACAGAGGAUUGUGACAAGUCCUUGGAAGACACAAGGUGGACCUGUACUCUGACAUGCAGUAAUUUUGACGUGAGACUUCACCUUCCUUCUUGCAAGAGAGGAUUCAAUUAACUUGGUGUCAAAGCCAAGACAUAGACUCAACCUCUUCUCUUCAAAAAGCUUCCCAUCGCAACAUGGAAGCCAUUGCCAAGUUUGACUUCACCGCCUCCGGCGAGGAUGAGCUGAGCUUUCACACCGGAGAUGUUCUGAAGAUCUUAAGUAACCAAGAGGAGUGGUUCAAGGCGGAGCUUGGGAGCCAAGAAGGAUAUGUGCCCAAGAAUUUUAUAGACAUCCAGUUUCCUGAAUGGUUUCACGAAGGCCUCUCCCGACACCAGGCAGAGAACUUACUGAUGGGCAAGGAGGUUGGUUUCUUCAUCAUCCGGGCCAGCCAGAGCUCCCCAGGGGACUUCUCCAUCUCCGUCAGGCAUGAGGAUGAUGUUCAGCACUUCAAGGUCAUGAGAGACACCAAGGGUAAUUACUUCCUGUGGACAGAGAAGUUUCCAUCUCUAAAUAAGCUGGUGGACUACUACAGGACGACCUCCAUCUCCAAACAGAAGCAGAUCUUUCUGAGGGAUAGAACCCGAGAGGAUCAGGGUCACCGGGGCAACAGCCUGGACCGGAGGCCCCAGGGAGGCCCACACCUCAGCGGGCCCGGGGGAGAAGAAAUCCGGCCGUCGAUGAACCGGAAGCUGUCGGAUCAUCCAGCUCCCCCUCCCUCGCAGUACCCCCCGGCACCGCCACAGCAGCAGCGCUAUCUACAGCACCCCCACUUUCAUCAGGAACGCCGGGGAACCAGCCUUGACAUAAACGACGGGCACUGUGGCGUGGGCAUGGCCAGCGAAAUGAACGCCGCCCUCAUGCACCGGAGACACACAGACCCAGUUCAGCUCCAAGUGGCCGGGAGCCUCCUCCGUGUGACCGUGGCUCCCAAGGCCAGCCCAGCCGCCCUGGCUCGGCAGGACCCCUCUGUGUUUCCCCGACAGCGAGUGCGGUGGGCCCGGGCGCUGUACGACUUCGAGGCCCUUGAGGACGACGAGCUGGGCUUCCGCUGCGGAGAGGUGGUGGAGGUGCUGGACAGCUCCAACCCGUCCUGGUGGACCGGCCGCCUGCACAACAAGCUCGGCCUCUUCCCCGCCAACUACGUGGCCCCCAUGAUGCGAUGAGCCCCUUCCGGUGGGGCCCGAGGCUUUCGUCUGAAGCUGCCUGCAAGAGAGGGGGCAGGGGAGAACAGCUGGAACUACGUGUACAUCCGUGUAUAUGCGUGUGCACACACGCGCCUAUGUGUACGUGCAUUCGAUAAUAGUAAUUUAUUGGCGAUGCGGUCGUCUCAUUAGUUGAUAUCAAAGGAAGUCAGGUGGAGAAUUCUAUUCGUACUUGUUUUUCUGCUCUCCCCUCAGCGGGUGUGUGGAAGGCAGGGGGAAAGUUGGGGUGGGGGGGGGCAGAGACAUGAAACCGAAGUUCUUCCUGUCCUUAAGAUGGCACCGCUGCCUCCUGGUCUUGGGACUUUCACUGAGACUAGCCGAGCAGAGAUCCACAUCCCGGCGUUGGACCCAGAACAACAGGGUGGAGCCGGACUCGGUGGGGCCAUGUUUCGGCUUUACCUCCGAGCCCCGCUCCCCUUGAGGUUUUGCAGGGCAAGGUCCCUCCUGUGCGACCAGGGUGGGCACUGCCGGGCUGAGACCAGAGGAGCAGCCACACGGGACUGGAGCAGCGGGUGCCUGGAGGCCUGGGCGAGGCUGGCCUCCUGCCCCGUGCUCAGCGGGGACCUUCGCCUCCCUCGCCGGAGUGCUCCUCAGCCCUGAGAAACAGAGACCGUGAGGAGCCCAGCACUGGCAAAUGGGGGGUUUUUCACAAAUCCCCAGUGGCUUGCUUGGGUGUCACCUCUGUUUCCCCGGAUACCAAGAAAGCAGCAUCUACAUUCUGUAAAGUGCUCGGAGAAGCCCUGGCUGAGAAUGUGGGACUUUAAAACCAUUGUUUUACGACUCCCAGGGUGUCUCUUUGGGUCUCUAUUGGUUUUCCGUUGUCCUGAGGAUGCUUUGCCCAGUGGCAGAGAGGGAAGCCCACUCCACAAGAGCAUUGACUAGCAAUUGUUGAUCGGUUGACUGACUGAACUUGACCCCGGGAGGGAGCCAGCUUUGACGGGAGCUUCCUGUUGGAUCUGGCCGUAGAGUCAUUGCUGGCAUCCUCUCUCCACCUCGACCCAAGAGCUGCACCUGGGGAGAGGGACCCCAUUGCCCCUGUCUCUCCUGCCACCUCAAAAUAGAAUUAUGUUUCCUUGGGCUCAGCUGGGGUUGCGGAGCACAGGCUGGCCUGGCUGGGGAGAAGGGACCCUGGAGAAGGAAACAGUGUUUUGGUGGAGCCUGGGAGCAAACCCGUCUGCGCCGAGAGACCUGAGAAGAGGGUGUGUGUGUGUGAUGAGGCCUAAGUGACAGGCUGGGUGCACGUGUUGGUGAGGGAGAAUGAUGGGGGGUGAAGUGUGCCUGCUCCUUUGUCUUCUUCCCCAGCCCUUCUUGCUCUAAGGAGUGACGGGGGCAGCCGUUAUCGAGGGUGAAAGGAGAAGAAAGAGUGUCUGGCUCAGAAGCAACUGUUGGGGUAACAUAGGCUGCGUCCCUUUGACUCUGAAUGCUACGAUUCUGGGAUCCCUCUGUUGUCUUUAGAGAAAAAGGGGAAAAGAAGGCACUCUGUGGCGAGUCUUGGGAGGGAAGAGAAAAUAGCCUGAGAGAGGCAGGGGGAGUCAGGUGACGGUAAGGAACAUCUGGCUCGCAGCCUUUAGAAAUCAAAGAACAGAAAGGAAAAGGUAGCAGAGAUGUUUCAAAAGAUCAAGGAGCAGCAUGAGACACAAAGGGAGGGAAAGGGAGCAAGAUGGUAAGUGGGACAGGCGAGGAAGACGUUGGAGUAGAGUCAGCAGGCCGGCGGCUGACAACCAGGGGAAGGAGGGAUCCAGCAGGUGGGGAAGGAGGAGUUACAGCAGAGCCGUGAACGCCACGGAAGGCAGGGACCAAGACACCACAGGAACGAAGAGGAACGAACAGGGAGAAAGAAAAGCAAGGCAGAGAAGACCUAAAAGCUAUUUUGGUGCUAGGUAAUGUGAACAUGUUACAGUAAAUAAAAGCCAAAAGUGAUGUUUGAUUUUACAGUAUUUACAAACCAUAUGCUUUAAACAGCCCACAAACCUCAUCCAUUUGUCUGAUUAUGUGGGAGGACCAGCCCCAGUGAAGAGAGAGGGAGCUGAUUUGGUUCUGGCCUGGAUUUUGUGCCUUGAAACACGUCUCGAGAAAGCAGUGAUACGCCCAGGGCCCUUGUUUGGCCAGGCUGUUUCCCGUGUCCGUGUCACACUCCCCUCCAGGGGCAGGGGUCACUGGCCUGCAGAGGUUGACCGCACAGUGUGGGCAGGGCUUCCAGAACCCCUGGAACUGGAUGUUCUGCUCCCCCCCACCCCCCGCCGAGUCUUUAAUUGAGGUGCUAAAACAGCCUUGCCCCUGCACAUCACGUGGCUCAAUGCAGAAGGAAGCAAGAAUCAUCCUAACCACCCACAGGGAGCUAAGGCCCUUAGGGACCAGGCUAAGAGGACAAGGACCAAACUAUCCAUAUUGGGGGGGUUGGGAAGCAAUGUCCCUGGGCCUCUGGUGCUGCCUGGAGGAACGCAUGAGAAGCUGCUCUCUACCUGACAGCAUUUGGAGUCCACUCGGCCCUCCUUCCAGCCACAACACAAUCAGGGAAACAACACCUUGUCUCUGACUUCAGCUGAAAUGCUCUGCAUGACCUGGGGGCAGGGAGCUUCCAGAGAAAGUCUAGUUCUGGCUGAACCAGUUCGGUUUUCCUAACGCCCUGCUGAGGCUCCCUGCAUGUCAGAUGUCUGGUAACUGCCACUGCCCACCCGCUUUCAGAUGGCCUUAGGCAUCUGAUCUAAGGCAGCGCUUCUCAAAAUUAAUGUGCCGGUGAGUUGCCCAGGGAAUGUGGUAAAAUGUAGAUUCUGAUUCAACCCUGCGUUUCUCCCAAGCUCUGAGGUGAUGUUACUCCGUCCACGGACCACACUUUAAGUAGCAAGAGCAAAGAACUUCGCAGCUAAAAAGCUACAAAAAUCUAAUUAGAUCCCUUUUCUCGGGAUAUUCGGGCACUUCUUUGUGUUGCUCACAAAUAAGUCACUCUGAGCAGAGACGGGACUCAGAACUGUCAUUAUGACGUCAUUCCUGUUUGAUGGCCGGGUGACUUUUGUCAGCAUCUUCAUCUCUACCAAGAAUCAAGCAACUUUAGGGUGAGAGGCAUCCAGAUGAAAUACAAACAGGGGUUGCCCAGUAGUGAUUAUUUUAAAGAGAAGCAGAGGUUACAGAAGUUGUGAAACGUCUUUCUCAGGAUUCUUUGAACAUAAAAUGGACUCGCAUCGGGUGUGGUCCUGCUCGGAGGCAGGGGGAUGGCCCAUGUGACGGGGGCACUGUCAGAUCUCAUUCACCCAAAGCGAAGCAGGUCACAGUGGGCACUGAUUGGCAUGAGCAAAUACUUGCUGUUUGCCUUGUCUAAAGUUAACACUUCAGCCUGUGUAGACCAAAACAAGGUCACAAGGAAAACAUAUUGUCUCGAUCCUACUCAGGGUCCUCCACGUCUCUCCCAACACCACAGCUGUGCCACCAUCACCUCUCCCUUAGGCAACUGAAUAAGCCUUGACACGUUUCUCCCUGCAUACUCUCUCAUCCCCAGUCCAUUCACACAGAUGCCAGAGUGAUCUUUGUAAAACACAAGUCUGAUCACGUCACUCCCCUGCCACUGUGCUUAAAUUUGAAUCCAAGUCCUGAUGUGGCCCCGUGAGGUCUCGCAUUGCCUCCCUCUCCAGCCUCCUCUGCAUCCCUCCCCUCCUGGCUGCCACGCCUCCACCCACUGGCCUUCUCUUGGCCUCCAGAUGCCCAAAGAUCGGUCCCCAAAGCCUUCAUACCUCUUGUUCCCUCUUCAGUUUAAACGUCACUUUCUCAAAUUGUCCUUUCUUGGCCUUAAUCUAAAAGAACCCUUCCUAUUGGAUUAUCUUGAGGUUGCUGGUGCUUUCCCUGAAUAGCACAUAUACCAGUCUGUUGGACUAUUGGACUGUAAGCUCCCUGGGGGCAGGGAUCAUCUCUGUUUUGUGAACUACUGUAGGUGCAGCAUGUAGCACUGUGCUUGGCACACAGAAGGCUCAACAAGUAUUUGCUUCAUGAAUGAGCAAGUGAAACCUGCCUCAUGUCACCUAGCAUUCAUUCUAUAACCCAAAGGUCCUGGGCCUUAUGGACCUGUAGGUACAAACAAAGUGAUAUUCACAUUGAUGCCCAAGUUACAGUAGCUCUUAGCCAAUGGCCCUCAAGAUCUCCAGUUACUUCCUAGAGUCCAAGAGAGGGAGGCUGGUAUCUCUCAUGUGUUUAAGCAUCAGUCAGCUAAUGUCUCCUACUCUGGCCACGUUCCAUUGUCCCUGAACAUCUUCUGCAGAAAGUGUCUUCCCUGAUGCUGCCAACCUACUGUGCACCUGUCUGCUGAUGAAAUGGCCCAGUCCUUCAGGAAACCAAAUCUGCCCUGCAGUCCACGUGGCAAGGCAGUCGUGGAAGAGGAAGCGUGGAGAAUGGCCUGUACCUACUUCUGAGUAGCCCUUGUCCCUGACCCCCAGAGAGGCACUUCCUAGGUCAAGGGACCCUCACAGCUCAUUCCCUUCUCACCAGAGCCCUCUCUCCAUCACACAGGACAAAGGAAGCCACCUUCCCCACCAUUUCUCUUGUUUGCCUCUCUCCCUGUUGCCCCUUCCUCCUUCAGCUGAAAAGAAACGCAUUUGUACCUGUUUGUGCAAUAGAUAUCACCUAGGAUGCCAGGGGACAUGUACCCUGUUGUACAAUCUGGGCUCAGCUCUGAUUCACUCAUUAAACCAACAACUAUUUACGAAGCAUCUCGUAGGGGACAGACACAAUCACCCAGUGGGUCCUCCACAUCUCUUUACACUGCCCUCUGUCCACAUCUGUGCCACAGUCACUGCCUCAUUUCAAUCCUCUCUUGCUUCUCUCCCAGGCAACUGCAAUAGUUUGAGAACCAGUCUCUCCACCUCUGGGUUGGCCCCCUCUAAUCCAGCCCACUGACUGCCAUUUCCAUUAACAUGCAAAGUUGAUGACAUCAGGCUUCUGUUCAAAAGCCUCCAGAGGCUCCCAUCAGCUUUCAGGCUAGAGUUUAAACUCCUUAGCUUGACACUAAUGACAUUUUGUGAUCUGACUGCCGCCUGUUUGUUUAGCCACAAUGCCCAUCUCCCCUCAGAAUGAGUCAUGUUGCCUCAGAACUCUGGGUUUUCCCAUUCGGUUCCCUCUGCCUGGAAUGCCUCUCCCCCACCUUUUUGUCUAGAUCAGUGCCGUCCAAUAGCACUUUCCGUGAUGAUGAUAGAAAAGUUCUCUAUCUGCUCUGUCCAACGUGGCAGCCUCCAGACACUUGUGGCCCUUGAGCAUUUGCAAUGUGGCUGGUGUGAGUGAGUUAAAUAGUGAGACGUGGCAAGUGGCUACCUUAUUGGGCAGUUUGGAUCCAUGCAACUUCUACUCACUUUGAAAUACUUAGCUCAAGGCUCAAGUGGCCCACUGGGGAGCCAUCCCAACUUCACGGCUGCUGAAGAUGUUCCUCCUUCAUUUUCCUAUAGCAUCCUUGUUGUGCUUCUAUCCCGAUAUUCAGAACUCUGUAAUAUGGUCAGUGAUUCAUUGAGCCUGCCUCCCCCACUGGACUGAACAUUUUUUUUAAGUUUUUAAAAGUUUUUAUUUAUUUUUGAGAAAGAGAGAGAGAGACAGAUCAUGAGCAGGGAGGGAAAAGGCAGCAGAGAAUCUGAAGACAGAAUCCAAAGCAGGCUCCAGGCUCUGAUGUGGUGCUUGAACUCAUAAACCGCGAGAUCAUGAGCUGAGCCAAAGUUGGACACUUAACCAACUGAGCCACGCAGGAGCCCCUGAACAUUUUUGAGUGCACAAACAGUUCACCCAAUAAAUGGUUGAUGCAGACAUGCAUUGGUAUACUGAUAAAUGUUUAACAACUGCUCUCUGAAGGAAAGCCCUGAUUUGUCACAUUUGCCAGUUCUGUGUUGUGAAUAUUCCUACCAUGUGUCAAGAGAAUGAGAAGACAAGCCACAGAAUGAGAAAAGAUAUUUACAAAAAAAAACCUAUCUGAUAAAUAACUGUUAUCCAGGGGCGCCUGGGUGGCUCAGUUUGUUGAGCUUCCAACUCUUGAUCUCAGCUCAGGUCUUGAUCUCAGGGUUGUGAGUUUGGGCCCCACAGUGGG